AUGAAAGAGAAAGAGCUCUUACCUGAGGCUGAUGAGGUCAUGUCCCACCAUGGGGGGGCUGUGACCUCACCUCCUGGGGGAUCUGAGCAGUCCUUCCCCCACCCCAGUGGUGGAAGGUGGGCGGAGCAGCUGGGGGAUGGGCAGCCCGCAAAGGAGCUGUCCCUAGCCCCUGAGCCCCGAACGCUGCCAGCCGGGUCUCCAGCUGCGUGCGUCCCCGAGCGCCUCGCAGGCCAGGUGCGCCCCGGUCCUCCCCGACCCAGCGGCCCAGCCUCCCGCAGCCACCUUCGUGGGCUUAUGGUAGGGGGCCCGGGACGCCUCCCUGGAGAGGAAUCGAUUCCGGCGUCCGGGGGCGGACGGGAGACGCCCGGCCCGUCUACCCGCCCCGGGCCGCGUCUGCUCCGACGGGCGGGGCAGCCAGAGCCAGGGAGGGAGAGGGAAGCCCGCCCGGGCUCGGGCUUUGCGACCUGCCCCGGGGCGCCCCACCCUGAGACUCAAGACCUCCAGACCGGGAAUCCAGGCUCCAUCCUUCCAGACCUCAGUCUUGCUACCUCAAAACCAAACUUCGGGACCCCAGCCUGCCCCACUCAGACCCGGGGUCUGUACUUUAGGCAGGAAUCUAGACCCCAGUCCAGCUUCCUCAGACCCAGAGUUCGUCCUGAUUUCUCCCUCCUCCUGUCCCCAGGUGUUUGUCACCUGGUCCUGGUGGUGCUGAGCCUCUGGCCAGAGAGAGCCGUUGCCCCUGGGCCACCGUCUGGCUCCCCUCGAGUCUCUUCAGACCCUCGUGCAGAUCUGGACAGCGCUGUCCUCCUGACCCGAUCGCUUUUGGCAGACACUCGGCAACUCGCAGCACACAUGAGAGACAAAUUCCCAGCCGACGGAGACCAUAAUCUGGACUCCCUCCCGACCUUGGCCAUGAGCGCCGGGACACUGGGAGCCUUGCAGCUUCCAGGUGUGCUGACAAGGCUUCGAGUAGACUUGAUGUCCUACCUCCGGCAUGUGCAGUGGCUGCGCCGGGCAGGUGGCUCUUCCCUAAAGACUCUGGAACCAGAGUUGGGUGCCCUGCAAGCCCGGCUGGAUCGGCUACUUCGUCGUCUACAGCUCUUGACGGCUCGCCUGGCUUUGCCUCAGGCAGCCCCAGACCAACCCUCAGUCCCUUUGGGCCCUCCUACCUCAGCAUGGGGAAGCAUCCGGGCUGCCCAUGCCAUCUUAGGAGGGUUGCACCUGACCUUGGACUGGGCUGUGCGAGGUCUGCUGUUGUUAAAGACUCGGCUGUGACUCAGGACUGAAAGCCACCAUCCAUAUCAUCUUUUGAAAGCCACAUCUUAUUUAUUUAUUUAUUUUGGUUACUU